ACUUUACGUUAGUCACUGCAAUGAGGGACAAGACUGCAGUUUUCGUGGUACUUUUUAUCUGAGUGUGUCUUUUACAGACCGACUCUCUGUGUUGGAGGAUGGACCCAGUCAUGCUGAGCUACCAGGACAGCCUGUUGCGGCGCUCUGAUGUGUCCUUACUGGAAGGACCUCACUGGCUCAACGACCAAGUCAUUGGUUUUGCCUUCGAGUACUUUUCCGCUGAGCGCUUCGGAGUCCUGGGGGAGACCGUCACCUUCAUCAGCCCGGAGGUUGCCCAGUUCAUCAAGUGUGCUUCCUGCCCUAAUGAGUUGGCCCUAUUCCUGGAGCCGCUGGAUCUUGCCUCUCGCCAAUGGGUCUUCCUCGCUGUCAACGACAACUCCAACCAGAGCGCCGGGGGAUCCCACUGGAGCCUUUUGGUCUACCAUCACAACUCCAACCACUUUGCACACUACGACUCUCAAAACGGCAGCAAUUCACUGCACGCGCGGCGCAUUGCCGUCAACUUGGAGCCCUUCCUGGGCGCGGGGAGGAAAGCGCAGUUUGUGGAGGAGCCCUGCCCGUCGCAGAAGAACAGCUACGACUGCGGCAUGUAUGUGAUCUGUAUCGCGGAGGCCUUGUGUGAGAAGGCCCAGGUGGAGGGCUCGCCGCGCCUUCCGGUGCAAAUCAUCACCCCGGCCUACAUCACCCAGAAGAGGGCCGAGUUGUGCAGACUGAUCCAGACUCUAGCUCAGAAUGACCUGUGCUGCGCUCUGUCCUUUCCUUAGCACGUCGAUUGCCCCCCCCUCACUAUAUGCAGAACAGCUGUCCCUCUCUACAGAUCUACUGCUGGAGCAUCGGAUUGCACUCCUUGAAUACAGUAUAUAACUACUUAUGACAUGUAUUUCUAUUACAGUCUCUAUCACACUCAAUAAUAGAGGAAAAGGUUUAAAAAGAUAAUACAUGCUUAGAGAUCUUAUAGGAUUCUUUGAGAACUUAGUGUCAUGUUUAUGCCUUGUAUACGCACAGCAACAUACAAUAUGUAAACCUGAACACCAGCAUGCCUACAAAGAAAUGUACUCCCGUGUACGUACUUGGUGAGGAUGGAGUGAAACAGACUUUCUCCGUUGUAUUCGUUUCGGGCGACUGUAGAAAUGUUUACACAGAUUAUUGCUCAGGGUCAUUUUAAAUUAACUAGAAUUGACGAUAAGAAUGUGAAUCUUAACUUUGGCUCCUGCUUCGUGUCACAUGUUCGUUAACGUCUACAACUACAAACUUUUAGUUUUGAAAUGUUUCAAAGCAAAUUGCUGUAUGAGGGUGAGCCGUGCACUGUGUGUUGUGGCUGUCAAUGGGACAAAAGGCAAUGUUGAGAGGUGGAACGUAUGAUACGUUCUCACAAAAAGCAUCAAACUGUCUGUUGAUCCAAUAAACUUGUUGUCACAUUUUGUUGACAAAAUGGCAAAUGUGCUUUUUAUUAGUUUUGGAUACCUUACUUUGGGGUUUAACAUGUUUAUAGUCCGAGUAUUUGACAAUU